AUGGCGAAAUUCGUGUUGUAUUCUGACGAAGACCUGCAACGGCAGCACAGGGAACUGUUCGAAAAGUCCAUUGAUUUUCCUAUUGAGCCAGUCCUGCCUCCCAAAGUGACCGCUGCAGAAUUCGAAUGGGCAAUUAAAGAAUGGAGAAAAAACCUCGGAGUCGCGAAUGUGAUCACAGGCUCCUCACUUUUCAAUUUCAUUGACCCGUUCGAAAUGAUGGAGAUUGACAAGAAGAGUAUUCCAUCAGCAGCAAUCUGCCCAGGCUCUGUAGAAGAACUUCGCGAAGCUCUGAAAGUUGCGAAUCAGAAAGCGAUUCCACUUUGGACGUGUUCUAGAGGGAAAAAUUUAGGGUAUGGAGGCCCAGCGCCUCGAAUGCGAGGGAGUGUGGUGCUCAGUUUACACCGGAUGAACAAGAUUAUCGAAGUCAACGAAAAGUAUGCCUACGCCGUUGUCGAGCCGGGUGUCACAUUUUUUGAUCUCUACAACCAUUGUCGAAGCAACAAUCUGAAGUUAUGGCCUAGUGUGCCUUCCUUGGGGUGGGGAAGCGUGUUGGGUAAUACGGUGGAUCGUGGUUUUGGCUACACUCCCCUUGGAGAUCACCAUCAGCAUAUGUGUGGACUUGAAGUCAUGUUCGCAAAUGGAGACCUUCUUCGGACGGGCCAAUAUGCAAUCUCCCACGGCAAGACAGCUCAUCUUUGCAAAUAUUCCUUCGGUCCGUCGACAGAAGGACUCUUCCUCCAAAGCAAUCUCGGGAUUGUUACUAAGCUUGGACUAUGGCUCUACCCCCAGCCCCAGACCUUCAUAUCCUGCACUGUCGACAUGGACGAUCCAGAAGAUAUUGAAGCAAUUGUGGAUGUCCUGGGAGAGCUUCGUAGGCGAGACAUACUACAAAACAACCCAGUCAUUCGCAACAUUAUUGCAUGGUCCAGUAUGCAGGGAAGAAGGGAGGAUGUCUGGGAUGGGGAAGGCCCAAUUCCCCAGUCAAUAUUGAAGAAAUUGCAAAAGAAGAUGGACCUCGGGUAUUGGAUGGUCCGAUUUGGCCUCUACGGUCCGAAAGACGUUGUCGAAAAACGGUUGGACGUCGUAAAGAGUGUCAUGAGCCAACAGGCACCUACCGCACGCUUGAGAUCCUACCUCUUUGAAGGAGACGACGGUGGGCUAGUUGAUGCAACUAAGAUCCCAACGCCUCUCGGUGGCGGACAAGUUGGAGUCCCGGACAUGUGGACACUUCCUGCAGUGCAAUAUCGCUGCCCUAAGGCUGCUGGUCUUGGAGCUCACACUGAUUUCUCUCCGAUCCUUCCUGCUUCCGGGAAAGUCGUCUUGGAAUGGUUCUUAGUGGCCAAAAAGAUCAUUGAAGCGGAGGGCUUUGAUGCUUACUGUGGGGGUCAUUUGCACGCUCGACAUAUGGUGUUGAUCAACAUGAUUUUGUUCGACAAGUCCAACGCAAACCAACGUGCUGCAGUGCAAACCAUCUUUCAGAAUCUCGUCAGGGAAAGCAAAAAGAGAGGCUUCAGCAAAUACCGUUCCCACAUCAAUGACAUGGAUGCCGUUGCCGAUAUGUACGAUUUCAACAACCAUGCUUAUCGCAGGUUCAUUGAAGGUCUCAAGGACUCUUUGGAUCCAAACGGCAUCCUCUCCCCAGGAAAGCAAGGAAUUUGGCCCAAGAGAUACCGUGUCGAACAGCAAACAAAACUGAAAUUAUAG